GCAGUCGCGAACCGGCUCCCAAACGUGUCAGUACCCCCCCGAACUGCCCGGGGCAGGGUAGUGCGCUGUCAAAAACACGAUAGCUACCGAAAUCGUCUUGUAUCACAAAAAGUUAAAAUGGCAUUGUUAUGGAUUUGUUUGAUCAUCAACGCAUAUACUCAAGAUUUGGUGUUGGGAACAUGGCAAAUCAGUCCGAUGGAACCUCCUAAUUUUAUAGUAGAACCUCCGAGUUUAAUAUAUUUUUCCAACACUACUGGCACAUUGAUAAAUUGCCAAGGACAAGGAAACCCACAGCCUAAUAUUACCUGGCUACAUUACAACGACCGCAUAGUAACUGACAUCCCAAGACUCAGGGAAAUGCGGCCGAACGGCAACUUGUACUUCCCGCCGUUCCCCGAACAGUCGUAUAUGCCAGAAAUACACGCGGCGACUUACAAGUGUGCCCUGGAAAAUCCAGUGGGGAGAAUCGUCUCGCGGGAAUCCAGGAUUAAAGCCGUGAUGUCAAAAUCGUAUGAGCUAUCCGUCCAAAAUGCGUUUGCUCUUCAAGGAAACGUAGCUGCAUUUAAAUGUCAAUUACCAGAGUUAACUAGUGAACAUUUAAUAAAAACUUGGUUCAAAAUGGAAGAUUCUAGAAUGGAAGUUGGCCAAUCCACGCCAAUACAUCCAGGAGGACGUUACGUAAUCUCGUUAGAUGGUACUUUACUAAUUCACGAUGUAGUACCUGAAGAUACGUUUGAUAGAUAUUUCUGUCAAGUUGUCAACAAAUAUACGGGAGAUCAGCUGGUCAGUCAAUCGGCUAAAAUAGUAGUCAAGCAACCAACUGAGGAUAUACCACCGGUUAUUAAACACCAUACAGAACAUAUUCACGUCAAAGUUAAUCAAGAAGCCGAUUUGAUAUGUUCAGCUGAAGGAUUUCCUCCACCAACUUAUAGAUGGUUCCGUAAAAGCCAAGAUAGUUUACAAGAAAUAUCUAUGGAGUCACUGACUGUACAUCCCUAUCAAUCAUUGCUACAUAUCAUCAGAGUUCCGAUGAGCGAGUCUGCUAUUACUUACGAAUGCGUAGUUUCUAACAAACUCGGUCAAGAUAAACGUCAGAUAUCAUUAUCGGUUACCUUACCAUUUGCCGUCAGUGCAUAUCCAUUGAAGCAGGUAGUUGACUCUGGUUCAACUGCAAUUUUCAACUGUACCACUCAAGGUACAUCGAUACAGCCAUUGUUUUCGUGGCUUAAAGAUGGAUCCCCAAUACGAGGUUUUGGUAGACAUGAAAUAUCACAAAAAGGCAACCACUUAAUAAUACACAACGUUAUGAAAGAAGAUAAAGGGAUUUAUCAGUGUUUAGCUAGAGAUCCAGAAACCGAUGAAACAGCACAAUCCAGUGUUCUUCUAUCACUCGGUGCUGUUUCACCAGAAUUGAUGGAGACUUUCCAUGAACAAAUUGUUAGAAUAAAUGGUUUUCUAUCUCUCAGAUGUACAGCUUCUGGUAAUCCUCCACCUAGGAUCUAUUGGUAUCUUGACGGAGGACUCAUACUUCCUCAAGGAGAUUAUGUCUUUGGAAGUUAUAUGCAUGUAGAUGGGAAUGUUGUUAGCUAUUUAAAUGUAUCAGUGGCUGAUGUAUUACAUGGAGGUUUUUAUACAUGUUUGGCACGAAAUAUUCUAGGGUUGAAAUCGUAUUCUGCAAUGAUUAAGAUUUAUGGUGAUCCAAUUGCAAGACCGCCAUCAAAUCUCACGGUUCGUUCAGAAGACGACGCAUACCUGCAAUGUCCAGUUGCUGGUUAUCCGAUCAUUAGGACGGCUUGGCAAAAAGAUAUGAUAACAAUUCCAAAUAGUUCUCGACACACUUUGUUUGAUAAUGGAACUCUUUUCAUACGUUCUACACAAGACACCAUUGAUUCUGGAUUAUACGUGUGUACAAAAAUAAACGAUAGGGGACAAUCGGCAACGGGACAUCUAUAUUUAAGAAUAAUGAAACCACCAGUCGUAACACCAUUUCAAUUUACAAAAGAUCUACAAGAAAGUGAACGGGCCCAAGUGUCAUGUACAAUAAAAUCAGGAGAUCUUCCAAUGGAAUUUGUGUGGCGUAAAGAUAAUAGAAUAGUAUUAACAGAUAAUGAAAUUGAACUUCAAAAUUUCAAAUUUUCUAGUACUUUACUUUUUAGUAAUUUAAAACCUAAACACGCUGGAAUAUACACUUGUAUUGUAAGCAACUCGGUAGCUAGUAGUAACUAUUCAGCUUUCCUUAAUAUCAAAGUGCCUCCAAAAUGGAUUAUUGAACCUGAAGACACCGCUGUGUUAGAUAAUCAAUUAACAAUAAUCAAUUGUCAAUCAGAAGGAUACCCAGAACCAAGAAUAACAUGGACUAGAGUAUCUGAUAAUCAACUUUUACAAUCACUCAAUCAUUUUUCCGAGUCAUCAAUAUCAGUAUUAGGCAAUGGUUCUUUAGCUAUUCGUCUUACAGCUAAUUCAAAUGAAGAUAAUUAUACCUGUACAGCCAAUAACGGAAUAGGGAACCAAUUAACAAAAACGGUGUCUUUAAAAGUUCACAUACCAGCUCAUUUCAAAGAAAAAUCUAUUAAUAAAAGUGGUGUGGUGGGAAGCAGAGUAGUGUUGACAUGUCAGGCAGAAGGUUCGAAACCAUUAAAUAUUGAAUGGAGUCCCUCAGUGGAAAAUAUCAAUACUAGAAAUACGAACAAAGGGAUAAUAUCAGAACUUUAUUUAAAUUCUUUACAUAGUAGCCAGACGGGAAUAUAUACAUGUAUGGCAACUAACUCAUAUGGUUAUGAUCAUAUGACGAUAAAUUUAGUCGUUAGAGAACCACCAGAAUCACCAAAGCGGUUAGAUGUGGUGGACGCGGGUACUAGAUGGCUGGAAUUUCGUUGGGAUUCGGUAAAAGCGCACGUGACUCAUUAUGUACUUCAAAUGUGCAUUAAUAUUUGUUCAGAUUGGUCAAAUUACACUAUUGGUGGAAGUUUAUCAUACACUAAAAUAUCUUAUUUAAAACCAGCUACACAGUACACAACAAGAGUUAUAGCUGUCAAUGAUUUCGGUUCGAGCAAUCCAAGCCCUAAUAAUACCGUCACCACUCUAGAAGAUGAACCUAGCGCACCUCCAAAUAAUGUGGAAGCCAUUGAUAUUGAUACAACUCAAGUGACAAUUCGAUGGAAACCUCCAGAUAAAGACACGUGGAAUGGCCAAAUAACUUGCUAUAAAGUAUCAUAUGCAGAUGUAAAUGAAAUAACAGAAGUAUUCACAAAGACAACCCUUGGCUAUGAACGAUGUGAAAUUCGAAUCACCAACCUUAAGCCAUUUACGACUUACAGAAUUGCAGUGAAAGCUUUCAACAGCGUUGGACACGGGCCAGAUUCGGAUUUUAUACGUAUCACGACCAACGAAGGAGUGCCAGAAGAACCCCCACAAAACGUUCAGUGUUCGCCGUUGACAGCAGAGUCGUUGCGGAUGAGUUGGGAUCCACCGCCCAUACAAAGUCAUCAUGGCACUAUAUUAGGAUACAAAAUACACUACAAAAAAGUGAAUCCAAAAUCAGGGUCAUUUGUCUUAAAUGAAGUGAAAAAAACGACAAAUUUGGAAACGAACCUGCACGCUCUAGACAAGUACACAAACUAUAGCGUAAGGGUAUUGGCGUACACCAAAGUAGGCGAAGGAGUACAAUCAAAUCCUGUUUAUUGUUUAACCGAACAAGACGUUCCCGGGCCUCCAGAUAACGUGAAAGCACUGACGGUGACGUCAAGUAGCAUUCUUGUGUCUUGGAUUCAACCGAAACGGCCGAACGGCAUAAUUAUCAAAUACACCGUAUACGUAAAACAUAAUAAAAUCGUUGAAAAGGAAAUUGUGUUUGGCGACAAAAGUACGAAGAUAGAGGUGAGGCGGCUUAAGGAAUUUCAACGUUACGAGUUUUGGGUAACCGCUUCGACCGUGGUCGGCGAAGGGCAACCGAGUUUUCGGGUGAACCAGAGCCCGAACUCCAGAGCACCAGCCAGAGUGGCGUCGUUCGGCGAACACGUGAAUACCGUCGUGGGGUCCAAGUGCACGAUCGAGUGUUACAAGGUAGGCAUGCCGACUCCCGUCAUCGUAUGGAAGACGCCCGAUGGUAUCGAUACCAAGAUGCUGUCCGACGGUAGCUUAUCAGUGGGCCCAGUGAACGACAAAACCUACUCGGGCAACUACACGUGCCACGUGGAGAACAUAUUCGGCAGAGACCAGAUAUCGUACACGCUCAACGUACUCUACCCUCCGUCGCCGCCUGAGUUCAGCGUGGACCCAGUUUCGACCAGCGCCAUUCGGGUUCAGUGGAAGCCGGUCAAACAGCCGGACGCAGUGACUACAGCCUACGUGCUCAACUACCACACUGGCAACGAACAGCAGCAAACCGUGGACGUAGACUCUGACCGGUUCACGUACACGGUAGACCGUUUAAAAUGCGGUACCAAAUACGCGGUGACCAUGCAAACCGUAAACACGGUCGGCAUAAGCAACGUAGGUCGCGUUGUAGAAGUGUUUACGAAAGGCGGAGUGCCCAAAGAACCUGACAAGGACACCGUGCUGUCCGUGAACUCGACCAGCGUCACAUUCAUGUUCGAUUCGUGGCCGACGCAAAUGUGCAGUAUACACUCGUUCACGUAUCAGUACGCGGCCAACGGUCGUGGCGGCGGAUGGAUCAAGUUUCCCAGACAACAGUUGAUCGGUGGCGACACGUUUACGGUUGGCAAACUGCAACCAGCUACCGUCUAUACGAUCCGGAUGGUCGUGCACACCGAAGCCGGUGACACGUCGUGGGAACAUCGGUUUGCCACCCGCACUAAGUCCGGAGGAGUAGUGUUGUUGGAUGUGUACAGUAACGAUGGUGGCGUCAUCGACGACGAUGACAAUUUGAGCAUACCGAAUUUUGCGCAGAUGCAUAAAUACGUACCGGCAGCCUCCGCACUCGUUUGCAUCGUUUCAUUUUGCAUAUGCAUAUGUGUCGUAAUUCAAAGAAGGAAAAAAGACGGGGCGCAGUACUCCCGACGGAGGAGGUCGAGCAGUUCAGCCGAAAGGAAAUGCAGUUACGAGGUUGACAAACAAGUCGAAUACACGACGUCUACACUUCAGAGAAGUAAAAGGGACGAUUCGGCGGACAAGAUGUCCAUGGGUGGCGGUGGCAAGAACAUCGACUACGACGUGUGUCCGUACGCAACAUUUAGUGUGAUGCAAACGACACCGUCCGGCAGCCGGACGCCCACGCACCACAGGGCCCUGAGCCAGACUGAUUGUUACGAAACGCCCGACCACGUCGUACACGGUCUGCCGAUCGACAAGUCCUACGAAAUUUCGUACAUAUCAAAUCAACAGACUCUUCCUCUGACAGCCGCCAAGUCGUCAGCGUCGAGAAAAGCCAUGACCCCUGUUCAUUUCUUAACAGACAUGGACGACGAACAGUGUCGCAAAAUCAUAGCGUCCAACACAGUCAGAAAACAGAGCUCAGAAUCAAGAGGAGUACGAAGACACUACAAUUAAGAUAAUAUUAAAGACAAGAAAAUGUUGGAAGAAUAAAGUACGAAAAUAUAAAUCUGUUGGACCAUCAUAGAUUUCUUUUAUCAUUAAACAUGUUUUAUACAUAAGAUAUAUAUUAUAAUAAAUUAUGUUUCUUUUCAU